AGUCUUCAUGAGUGGUGAUGGAGGGGCAUCCCGACCCUCUUCUAUGUUUGAAGAAGUCAGGACCACCAAGGCAUCAUCGGGCACCUCUGUGAAAGGGAUCUGUAUCUGUAUCAAGAUACUCUGAAGAAUAGCAACUACCCUUGGGAAUGUCUCUUGUUACAAAAUGACUAAAGUGAAUUCUGGCAUCUUCCAUUUUGCCACCAUCUUCAUAUUAACACUUGAGAUCAGAAUCCAAUUAUCUGAUGAAAGUGAAUUUUUAGUUGAUAGAUCACAAACAGGUCUCAUCUGUGUUCCCAAAGACCUACCCCUGAAAACAACAGUCUUAGAUAUAUCACAAAACUCUAUUUCUGAGCUUCAGGCAUCUGACAUCCUAUCACUAUCAAAACUGAAAAUUUUGAUACUUUCUCAUAAUAGAAUCCAGUAUCUUGAUAUCAGUGUUUUCAAAUUCAACCAGGAAUUAGAAUACUUGGAUUUGUCCCACAACAAGCUGGAGCAGAUUUCUUGCCACCCUAUUCUGAGCCUCAAGCACUUAGACCUCUCAUUUAAUGCAUUUGAUGCCCUGCCCAUUUGCCAAGAGUUUGGCAACAUGUCUCAACUACAGUUUCUGGGGUUGAGUGCCACACAGUUUCAAAAACCUAGUCUGCUGCCAAUUGCUCAUAUGCCUAUCAAUAAGGUUUUACUGGUCUUAGGAGACACUUACGGGGGAAAAGAAGACCCUGAGAGCCUUCAAGACCUGAACAUACAGAGUCUUCACAUUGUUUUCCCCACAGGAAAGGAAUUCCAUUUCACUUUGGACGUGUCACUCAGCACUGCAGUAAGUCUGGAACUGUCUAACAUCAAAUGUGUUCUGGGUGAUGAUGGAUGUCCUUAUUUCCACAAUGUUCUGUCAAAACUCCAAAAGAAUUCAAGGUUAUCAAAUCUUACUUUAAACAACAUUGAAACAACUUGGAAUUUUUUCAUCAUGAUCCUCCAGUUGGUUUGGCAUACGAGAAUUGAGUAUUUCUCAAUUUCAAAUGUGAAACUACAAGGUCACCUUGACUUCAGAGAUUUUGAUUAUUCUGACACUUCACUGAAGGUCUUGUCUAUACACCAAGUCGUCACUGAUGUGUUUGGGUUUCCACAAAGUUAUAUCUAUGAAAUCUUUUCAAAUAUGAACAUCCAACAUCUCACAGUGUCUGCUACACACAUGGUCCACAUGGUUUGCCCAUCCCAAAUUAGCCCAUUUCUGUAUUUGGAUUUUUCCAAUAAUGUCUUAACAGACAUGGUUUUUAAAAAUUGUGGAAAUCUGAUUAAUUUGGAGACAUUCAGUUUACAAAUGAAUCAGUUAAAAGAACUUGCAAUUAUAGUUCAUAUGACCGAGACAAUGACAUCUCUACAACAAUUGGAUGUUAGCCAGAAUUCUCUAAGGUAUGAUGAAAAUGAAGGAAAUUGCUCUUGGACUAGAAGUUUAUUAAGUUUAAAUAUGUCUUCAAAUCUAGAAAAAGAAGAUAUAAAAAUUUGUCUUCAUGAGAGGAAUUUUGUUCCCGGCAAGAGCAUCAUGGAAAAUAUCAUAAACUGUAUUGAGAAAAGUUACAAGUCCAUCUUUGUCUUGUCUCCCAACUUUGUUCAGAGUGAGUGGUGCCAUUAUGAACUCUACUUCGCCCACCACAACCUCUUCCAUGAAGGAUCCAAUAACUUAAUCCUGAUCUUGCUGGAUCCCAUUCCACAGUAUUCCAUUCCUAGCAGCUAUCACAAGCUCAGAGCUCUCAUGGCACAGAGAACUUAUUUGGAAUGGCCCAAGGAGAAGAGCAAACAUGGACUUUUUUGGGCUAAUCUAAGAGCAUCUAUUAAUAUUAAAUUGAUGGAGAAAUCAAAAGAAUUAAGUUACACACAGAUCUAAAAAUAUUCCUCUGCUGCUUUUAGAAAAAAUGUUGCUGCUUUUGCAAGUUCCAACAAUGACUUUAUUUUGCAUCAACACGAAUCUAAACAUGACUUUAAAUUUAAGAUGUAGACAAAAAUGUGUACAUCCUUUCAGGCCUCAGUUCCCUAUUUAUACAUGGUAAUAAAAGUAAGUGAAGUGAUAUAAUUUCUAUGUAAAUGGUUGAUUUCUAACAUGAGGCAUUCAUGUGUUUCUUUGCUAGGACUGAAUUCACUGAAUUUAUCAUGUAAUCGAGAGAAGCACCUGUUCAAACAACUUCAGUUGAUAUGUUUCUGUGUGCCAGGGUCAAUGUUAGAAAACUUCAUGCCUUUUAUACCUGUAGCUAGGUUUCUGUAGCAGAUUUCUAUAUCUGUUGGUGUCUUCCUCAUUUCCACUCAACAUUCACCUCUGCAUGUUGAGGGCCGCUUAUUGCUAAUGCUGGAGAGUCUCUCCGUGAAGGAUUUUCUUCUUGGCCAUGAGAACCCACUUUACCCACACAAAGGGAAAUUCAGAAGUGCUGGAGGGUAUCCUUGGAAACAGCCUUCCACCAAUAUCAGAAAGAGAAUUGGCAGAUAAAUACCUCAACUUUCUCACCCAUUUCGGGGGGACAAAUCUGGGGUGUACUUUACAUUCCCCCUGAAUCUCCCAGUAGGAUGCAAUCCUGAUUUUCUAUGGUAGAAAUGACUUUAUUGGCCUCCUUUCUAUUUUUAUUUCAUAUCCUCAUUCUUCCUCACUCUUCCUCUGAAAUAAACUCCUUGCAGUUGAAUACUCGUCUCAGGGUCUGCAUUGGAACUUAAACCAAGAGUGUGUUACAUCUCAGGUCAAAUGGAAAUUCUGAGUCUGGUUUUCUGUGGCUGGAGAUCUUGCUGAGAUUCUAGUUGUCUGAACUAGAAUGAAUGGGAGCCUUUGCUCUUUUGAGCAAAAGGAGGAAUAUAGCCGAUGUGUACUGCUUCUAUACAUAGUAUUCCUGUCUUUUGGGAAACUUAAAAUAGGGCAUGAGCAAAUUGGAGCAGUGCAAGGAGUGGGCUACAUCAGAUUUCUUUCCAGCUUUAUUAUAACAGCUAUUUUUCAUACUCAUCAAUCAUUCUGUCUAGACACUUUUACUCUGACAGCCAGCUCUAGGCAGGUGUAGCCUGGCAGCACCUCAUCGUAGCUGCACCAUCUAUCUCUCACUUAAUGCUCCAUGACUACACUAAUACCACUGUCCAGGAUGUUUGUGGAAUCCUGUUCAAUUAUUCUGGUACAUGCACACACCUGGAAGUUCCAGAGAUCUUGUCUAAAGAGAUCUCUGGCCACCAGAGGGACGGGAGCCAUUAGAUAAAUAUUCCUCUCUCUUUUAUUCUUGGGUAAGAAAAUGAGGCAUAGUCUGCACCACUCCUCAGAGAGUCCCCAGUGGGAUUGAACCUUCCUUGGCCACAGGAGUAACCAGUUCAAUAACUUACUCUUGGAUUGGCUUUGCCUUCAUCCUUGUUUCAUUCUUCUCAGUCCCCUCACUCUUGAGUCCUGAGACCACUUCUUCAAACCAAAUGAACUGCACACAAAGCUCUUGUGUGAAUCUUCACUUUUGGGAGGAGAAACUCAAGUAAGACUUAAUAUACUAGUUAUUUCUUUUCCUAAAAAUACCCCUAUGAAUCCAGAUAGCAAAAAUAAAAAUCAAUGGAACAAAAAUAUAAAUGGAAGUUCAAAGGCCAUUUAGAUUGAGUGGAAAAAAAAUUUUUUUAUAAGUGGUCAUUUUUCCAUUGGGCUUUGAAGGGAGACUUUAACUUUGGAUUUUUUUGAUGCAUAAUGAUGAAGAAUGGAAAGACCAUUCUAAAUAGACAGAUGGGGGAGCAAAGAUAGGAAUACCCAGGCCUAUUCUGGGACCACUGUCCCAGUUUGACUGGACGAUGAAAUUUAUGAAAAUUAACAGUGAGACAUAAGCAUGGAGAGUUAGAUUAAGAUCAUAAUGUCAUGGAUCUGGAAAGACAAGCUACGGAGUUGACAUUUAGAAAUACAGGAAAGUCAUCAUUUAUAAUUCUGUGAGAAUUAAUAGUGGAAAACAAAUUGAAAUCAUGAAAUAUAUACUAAAAAUGGAUAAAAGCGCUUGUUCUGUAAUGGAAGUUGCAACCGUUGCUAAACCUGGAUCUUCCUGUUUUCUCUAGGAUGAUUGCCCUUCCUGUUACUGAACUUGAAGAUUUCAUAACCAAGUUUCAGUUGCUCAGCACUAGGUGUAUUUCAGUUGCAAUCCUAGUUGCAUUUCAAUUCCAAGUUUCAAUUGCUUAGCACUUGUUUGCUGGGUCUGAUGUAACAGAGUACUGCACUCUGAGUGGCCUAAACAACAGAAAUUUAUUGACUCACGGUUCUGGAGGCUGGAAGUCCAAUAUCAAGAUGUCGGGAGGGUUGGGUCCUCUUGAGGGGUGGGAGGGAAGGAUUUGCUCCCAGCCUCUACCCUUUGGUUUUAGAUGACUGUCUCUCUCUGUUUCUUCACAUGGUCUUCCCUCUAUGCCUAUUUAUGCCCCAAUCCCCACUCUUUUAUAAGGAUACCAAUCAUAUUGGAUUAGGGCCCACCCUAAUGGCCCCACCUUAACUAAUAACAUCUACACUAUCCUUAUUUCCAAAUAAGGUCACACUGUGGGGUACUGGGGUUUAGGACCUCAACAAAUGGAUUUUAGGGGACACGAUUCAACCCAUCACAUUUCGCAAGUCUAAAAAAAAAUCCUUAAAGGCAGCCAUAAAGUCAGUUAAAGUUUAUCUAACAAACUCAAGAUUCUGAGAAGUUACAUCAAUCUGUGUAUAAAUAUCUGAUCUCCUAAGUGGUUUUAAAGAGGCAGCUAGGAGGUUGAGAUUGUGCUUGUGGAAUCUCCUGCCAAAGAAUUCCAAGUUGGGAGAUGAGGAAUUCAGUUCAAAGUGUGGACAAAUACAUAGUAAUGAAAAUAAGAAAUGAGAAGGCACAUCACAGAUUGGAUAAAUUAGCAAGCUCUGAUUUGGAACCACUGGGUUUCAAUUAUAGCUCCAUUACUUAUAUGUGCAUGACCUUGAACAAUUAAACUUUCUAAGCCUAAAUUUCAUUAUUAGUAAAAGGUACCCUCAGAGCAGCUAGCCAAGGCCUUUAGAUUUCCAGGUAUGAAUUAAAGACUGGUUACAAUAUGUCCCCCAAAGGGCAGAGUUUACAUGACCAGCUUUCCACGUGGUUCUGCUGAAGCCCCUUUUCCUAGGAUUGAGAUAAGAGGGAAUUCAUAUUACACCAAAAGCUCUCCAAACCCUCUUCUAAUCUUAACACCUCUCAGACUCUCCAAUCCCUUUUCUUGGCUAGUAAGCAAAGGGUUACAAACUCAGUUAUCUAGUCUCACACUUCACCCAGGGUUCUUGAUCAAAUUAAGAUGAAAACAGUUCCAUUUUUUAUCAGCUUGUUAUUACUAACAAGGCUGCAGGGGAGGGGGCAUUUUAUAUAGUGGUAAUAGAAGGACCAAGGAGUUUGGCAAUAUAUAAAUAGCCAUGAUCUGUGACCUGUAAUUCCACUUUUAGAAAUAUAUCCUAAGGAAAUAAGUUGAAAUGUGGACAAAUAUUUCUUUACAAGUAUGUUAACUGCAGGGUUAUUGUUAACAGUGAAAAUUUUGAAGCUCUCCAAAUUUCCAACAAUGGAAGAAACAUGCUGGGCUCAUUUAGUGACAUAUUUUACAAUUACUAAAAAUAGUGUAUAGGGUUAAGAUGGUAAAUUUUGUGUUACGUGUUUUUUUUACCACAAUCUAAAAAUAACAAUGUAUGGGAAGUCUUUUUUAUUAACAUAAGACAAUGCUUAUAUUACAACAGAAAUGAAAACCAUAGAAAUUUUGAAAUGCAAAAUUGUAUGCACAGGAUGGUUCCAAUAUGUUAAAAAUAUGCAGAGAACACAAUCUAGAUGAAAAUAUACAAAAAUAUUAUCACUACUUGCCUGUGGUUGAUGCUUGCUUUUGCUUUUACAUUUUUCUGUACUUAAAAUUUUUACGACCAAGAAAAAAGAAAAUGGGGUUUAGGGGAAUAAGGCUAGGUCUCCAUUAGAGCUGAAAGUAGCAGAGAAUAAAGGUUAUGAAACUGGGUUCUGCACACAAGCAUUCUGGAAUUAAAUCCCGGCUCAAUUUCUCUGUA